AAUGAUAGUACCGCAUCGUCUGUAAGUCCUGUUUCCACUUUUAUCCGUAUCGGCUUCGGCUUCGGCCUCCCGCCGGACUUUCAAAACCACCCGCUCGACACUACAUGUAUAUUCCCAUAAUCUUAUCAAAGACUUGACUGACAAAUUUGGAGGUUCUCAACAAGUCUCACGAUAACGCAAUGAUGUCUAAGCCACAAUUCCGCAUCCGCCCAGGAACCUCUGCCGACACGGCUGCCAUUGUAGACGUCUACAUGGCCGCCUUUGGCGACGACUGGGCCGUUGACAAAAUGCACCCCCGACGCCGUGAGUUCCCCGAGGACUGGCGCGCCGCCGCCCACCGCUACUUCUACGCCCGCUACUGGGGCCCUGAGCAGCAGCUCUUUCACGUUCUCACUGUCCCGGAUCCCGAGUCGGCCUCGGGCGAGCGUGUCGCCGCGUUCAGCUGGUGGCGCCGCUCCUACCCCACCCCGGCCGAGAAGUCCGCCACCGAAGGUCUAUUUACCCUCCGCGGCUGGCUGAAGCCCAUCUUGCUUGGUAUCAACUCUUUGACGGACUACCUCUGGCCCGCGAGGUCUCUUGACCCGGAGAUGCGCACCAUCUUUGACGACACGCAUAUUGCCUCGGACGUGCUGACGCAGGACCCGGAACACCCGGCGCGUAAGACGGCGUGGUACCUCUCGACGCUGGCGGUGGCGCCCGGAGACCAGGGGAACGGGUUCGGGUCGCUGCUUGUGCGGGAGGGGUUGGCACAGGUGGACAAGGAGGGCGUGCCGGCGUGGCUUAUCGGGCUUGUCGGGGUUGAGCCGUUUUAUGAGAGGCUUGGGUUUGUCGUCAAGGGGCGGGCGAAUGUGGGGAGGCUUGCGGAGUGGGAUGGCGGGUCGAUUAUGUUUAGGGAGUAGAGAGGGAGCCUCUAUACAUUCUAGGAGAGACGGGAUAUGGGCUCUGGGGGUUAGCGGUCGGAGGCUUGUACGCCUACUUCCUGUCAGUGUGAUAUGAAGAUGAGAUACGCAGAGAUAGAUAUCGUAUUGGGGGUACUGACUUCCUCAUAUCCAAAGAGGACUGAGAAUUGCUCUCGUUUCAGGUGCGGAAUCUUAGAGGUGCCGGAAGGAAAAGAGUAGAUGACCACGCUGAUUGGCAAUACAUGAGUACUUCCCCGCGCUUCGGUAGAAAGUCAAGAAAAGCAAAAGGGACCACGUAGAAGACGAAAUUAUACUCAUCCUAUUCCCAA